ACCUACCUAUAUAAUAAAGACAACAACUUACAACCAUUUCAAAUCACGCAAAAACUGUGAAUAGUGAAUACCUACCUAACUAAACAACUAAUUAUUCGUUUUAAUACAAAUUACCGUCAAAUCGUAUAUAACUUAAUACAAAUUCAAUAGUCAAUAUAACUGGAACUUUCCGACAAUGUAAAAUUAUAAUAUAAUAUUACUUAUUUAUACUAUAACCAAAUAAUUAUUAUUCGUUACCUUUCCGUGUAAAUUAGAAGUAUAAUCUUUGCUUUAACACAUUUAAAUUUAAAUUUUGAUAUUGGUUUAUUUUAAAUCAAACAAAUAAUUAACUACCUAUAAUAGACUGCAUCCGAUAGUAUUAGUUUUACUGUAUGUCCGUGUGUAUAAAAUAUACCUACAUAAUUGUAUACUCAAAAUGUCAAAUAGUCAAUCCCUGCAGCUUUGUUUACCUACUAAGAUGGCGGAACUUAAGGAUAAGGUAGCAUUGCUCACUUCAGCUACGUCGCAAAUUGGAAAAGUAUAUGCCAAACAUCUUCUCCAGCACGGCGUCAAGGUGGCGUUAUGUGAUAUAGAUUUUAAAGCAUGUCAAUUGUCUGCAAAUGAAUUCGCAAACGUGUUCGGUGAUGAAAAUGUUUUGGCAUUAGAGUACUCCAUUGCAGACCAAGAGAAACUUAAAAGGGCCUUCAUUUCAUGCAUAAAUCAUUUUGGGCGACUAGAUAUCGUCGUUAACAAUACAGCCGAAAUGCGGUUCAAUAACGACAAGGACGAAGCUACACAUCAUUAUGGUGAAGUCGUUAACGGAACGCUUUUAGCAAUCGAGUACAUGGGAGCCCCGACUGGAGGCAACGGUGGAACUGUAGUGCAAACUACGAACAGUACGGCGACUAAUAUCGUUGUCAAGUACACACACUUGAUCGGUGAAACACGAAGUGCACAUUACCUGAAUAUAAAAUUUAUGGUAUUAGAUCCAAGACAUAUAUCAGAUAAUGUUGGCAAAGCUUUAAUUUAUAUUCUGGAACAAGGUACUACUGGUCAAUAUUGGAUCGUGGAAAACGAAGAAACGCUGAGACUAGAAGUAACAGCUGAUAUAAAUUAGAUAAUAAUAUUAAAAACCCUUAAAGUAAUUCAUUCUGAAAAAUUUAAUAUUUAUUAUUUAUUAUUAUUGUUAUUUAUCUAAUAUAAUAUGAAAAUAAAAAUAUAUCUAUUUGUUAUUGAAAAAGUAAAAAACAAUUUUAAUUUUGAAACAGUCACGAUGGUUGAUAAUACGAGAUAUACUAUAAAUUAUUAUUAUAAAAUAAUAAUAACUCCACUUUUACAUUUAUUUUAGAUGUAUAUUACGUUUAGUU